UAUUCAUAUAUGAGUGAAGAUUGGAAGAAAAAAAAAAUAGAUAAUUUUGUCAUUUUAAAUAAAAUCUUAGGCAAAGGUACUUAUGGAACAGUCUAUUUGGGGUAUAUGGACACUGGGUAGAAUCAAGUUAGAAUAGCUGUUAAAACUGUCCCAAUGGAUGUAAUAAAUUAAUUAUGGCUAGUCAGUGAAACAAUCUCCUCAAAUAUUAAAUCUGAUAAAAAGAGAAUCAACCAUUUUGAAAGCUGUUGAACAUCCUAAUAUUGUUCGUCUUUAUAAUGCCAAUCGAACAUUAAAUUAUAUCUAUAUAUUUUUGGAGUUCUGUCCUGAUGGAGAUUUAAGAAAGUUUAUGCAAGGUAAGAAGGAAAAGCACUUAUCAGAGGUUUAUAAAUAAUAAUAAUAUUUUUUAGUUGGAAGCCAUUAUAUUUUUAAAGCAUAUUGUUGAAGGAUUUAAAGAAUUGUUUCAAAAGAAAAUUAUUCAUAGAGAUAUUAAACCAGAAAACAUAUUACUUUCAAAUGGAAUUGCUAAAAUUGCAGAUUUUGGAUUUGCUAGAGUAAUGGAAGUUGAAAUGGAUGGUAUCUAUACUUUUAAUUUUCUUAUUAAGAACCUGGAAAGUUUUCCAGAAACGGAACUCCAAUCUAUAUGUCACCUUAAAUAUUAAGAGGAUAACCAUUUUCAGCUAAAUGUGAUGUUUGGUCAUUGGGUAUUGUCUUUUAUGAGAUGUUAUAUGGAAAAACACCUUGGCAAGCUGAAAGUUAGAUUUAAUUAGAAUAAUUGAUUUUAAAUAAACCACUUAAAUUUCCUACAAAACCUGUUAGAAGUUAAAAAGUAAAAGAAUUAGUUGCAAUGAUGCUUCAAGUAGAAGAGAAAGUAAAUAUAUUAAAAAAAAUAAUUAGGAUAGAUUGAGUUGGUAAUAAAUAUUUGAAAAUUAAGUUAUUAAGAUGAAUGAAGAUAUGGUUAGAUAAAAUAUGAAUGAAAUUAUGAAAGAAGAUCCUAUGACAAAAUCAAUGAGUUUAAAUAAAAUUUAUUUGGAUUAAUAUAAAGUUGUUGGAUAUUUACAUACAAAAAUUGAAGAUUAUAGAGAUGAUAGUAAAAAUGAUUUAGAUGGACUUAAACAAAUGUUUGAUGAAGAAAAUGUAAUCUAAUAUUUUUAUAAAUAAGCCUGAUUUGAUAUUAUCAUAAUAUUAAAAAGAAAUGAAAAGAAGAGAGUCUUUCUAAAAAUUUUAUACUUAUUAUCUUUAUGAAAGGAAUGUAGCUUUUUUUAUUAAUUAUACUUAAUUGAGAAUCAUAAAAUUAUAGACUUUUGGGGAUAUUACACUUGUUAAAGAACAAUUUUUAUAAUUAAUUUUUAUGUUAGCUAGAAAUCAAUUAUUACAUUUAGAUAAAAUCAAUUCUGCUUUGAAUUCAAAUAAACAUGAUUAAUUUGAUUAAGAAUUAUGGGGAAGAUUUAUAGUUAGUAAAGUAAAAUUAAAAAUAUUUUUUUAGGAUUGUUCAAGAUUGCUUACAACUAUUAAGAAUGAUAUACUAAUAAUAAAAGAUGUUUUUAUUUAAGUAAGAGAAAAAUGUCCAUAAUUUUAAUAAUUUUUUGAUAAAAUAGAAGAUGUAAAAGAUUUUCUAGGAUAAUAUAAAUAAAUCAUAUCUAAAGCAAUUGAAAUUUUAAAGACUGCUUCUACUUCUUUAGGAAAAGAUGUUUAUUCUGGUAUAUAUUACUUGAAAAUUUGUUUGAAUCCAUAUGAUUUUUUCAAAUAAGUUGAUUUUGAUUUCAAUGCAUUUUAUGAAGAAACUGAAAAUGCUUCAUUAGAAGAAUUAUUAAUUCUUAUUUGA